AUGAUUAAUGAAGUUGAAGAACCUCAUAGUGAUACUGAACCAGAGCAACUAAACCAUAAAAAGGUUAAGUUAAAUGAAAUUCGUGGAGGAAGUAAAGUUAGAAGUUGGAUUUGGAAAUACUUUGAACCUCAUUUUAAAGAAGGAGUCGGUACAUCCACUAGUAAUUGCUUUGAACAUCUUGCAAAUAUUUAUGGAAUAAUUAAAGAGCAAGAGGAAGCUAAUAUUAAUUCAAAUCAAAAUCAAGAUAUUGUAAAAGCAUUUUCCAAGAAAAUUCAUCAUCAAGAAUCAUGUCAACUUGAAUUAUGUCAAUAUCUUGCAGAUUGGAUUAUAU